AUGCUUAAUGAUGGAAAUUGCGAUGAAGAAUGCAAUACAGCUGAAUGCCGAUAUGAUUUAAAUGAUUGUGGAUGAUGUGCAAAAGACUGUAAAUUGGAAAUGAUUAAUAAUGGAAUUUGUGAUCCUGAGUGUAAUAAUGCUGAGUGCGAAUAUGAUGGAAAAGACUGUAAAUGUGCUCCUAACUGUAAGUUUGAGGACUAUGGGAAAUGCAAGCCAGAAUGUAUGGUUCCAGACUGUAACUAUGACUCUAUAUGAAUGACAUGUCAAAAUGAAAAUCUUAGGAAAUUUUAUCUAUAUUGGCAAUUAUUAAAUUACGAUUUUUUAUCUACACAAAACAUCGAUUUCUCAAACUGCACUUCGAGCCUCAAUGAUAAUUUUAUUAGCUGUCAAAUUUAUAAUUUGUAUGAAACUGGUGAGCUAUUAACAGACAAUUGCGAAUCAAGCUGCCUUAAAUGCACAAAUAGUUCAGACUGCGUCGAAUGCGAUUGUUCGAAAGGGUAUAUAAACUUUUUUGACAAAUGCGUUAUGAGCUGCCCUCAAGGCUAUUCUCCUCAUCCUCUAAUCCCUUCAAUUUGCUAUAGUAAUUAA